CGGAGACUCAACCGGAACCGUCCGGAUCGAAAAAAGUACACGCUGGAAAAGCCACAAAGCCAAAAGCACGAUGACCGAGGCGACACGGUCAAUCCAAAAGUGGACGCCAAAGGAGGAGUGCAUAUUGGCGUCGGCUUGGGUUGACGUCUCCGAGCAUCCUAUCAUUGGUUCGGAGCAAACAAAGGAUGCGAUGUGGGAUCGUAUCGAGGAGAAGUUCUUCACGACGAUGAAGAAGGACGGCUUCUACCGAACCCGGGACCAACUCACAUCCAAAUGGAGCCACAUCAACAAAAAAGUUCGAAAGUUUAUCGGAGUUUACGAGGAAUGCUCCCGGUCUCGGAGGAGCGGGACGAACGACGCCGAUGUUCUCCGGCUUGCCACGACCCGGUAUCAGGACGACGGGCACCAAGGCAAGGUGCCCAUCGAUCUUUGGAAGAUUUUGAGCCGUUCCCCGAAGUGGCAACAACUCAACAAUCCCGACGACGGAUCGUUUCGGAAAAGAUCCACUGUCGACACCGAGGUUGAGGUCGACGAGACUAUCGGUUCAACCGAUCAAAUCCCUCCCUUCAACGUUGCGGAUUCCGAUGACGAGGACCCCAUUCCACGGCCGAUCGGAAGAAAGAAGGCAAAAUCCAUUGCCUCUGGUUCGGGAGGGUCCGCCUCUGUUUCCGCUUCUUCCCGCGACGAAAUCGGCCGGGAAAUAGUUGAACAACUUCGGGCGUUCAAUCUCCGAGAACAAGAGAGAUUGAAGCUAAAGGAGAAGGAGUUGAAGCUAAAGGAGCGGGAGGCCGAGAUGAAAGUCAUGCAAACCGACCUCGGGAAGUUGUCGGAGAUUGGACUAAUGAUCUACGAGCAAAGAAUAAGAGAGAUCAAGGAGAAAUAUAAUUUACCUUAGUUUUUUAUUAAUGUAUCUUUUUUUAAAUUAUUGCCGCUUUUUUUAUUUAAUUAAUGUAUUUUUUAUUAUUCAUGUUUCAAUUUAAUGAAGGUUUGAAGCCCCAAUUUGAAGCCCUGGGGCUUCAAACAUCAAACCCGUAAAUUUUGGGGUAAGUUAAAGCUGACGUGACAGAGAGCCCGGAGCUUGAAACGUAUUUCUAGUGCUCUGAGAAUAUAAAUCACCAGUAUAUAAACAUGAAAAAGAUUCUCAGCCUGUGUGAUUAGGUUUGUAGCCCAGAGAAAGGAUUGAGGCAGGAAGAGAGGGAUGGGAGUUUCUUGAAAGGGCAGUUGCUUCCUUCUCUAUCUGCUCAUGAUUUCUCUGUCACGCCACUUUUCCAAAACAGCCCUUUUGAUCUUUCUUCUUCGCAAGAAAGAAACUCAAAAAGAGAAAGAAGAAAACAAAACAUUAUUAUUACUCCGUAUUAUUAUUAUUAUUAUUAUCAUCAUCAUCAUUGUUGUUGUUGCUGUUGUGAUCCUAGCUAGCUUUCUCUUGUGACCUAUGGUGAAGAGGCUGUGAUGAUAUCCUUUUUCCGCGUUUCCUCUUCUCUGGGCUACUGAAAUUUAGGGUUUUGUUUGACCCGAUCCGUAUCUUGGCGGGGCAAUUCGGAAACAGACCCGGUUCUUGCAGCCAUGGCGGUUUCGGCUCACCACUUCCCUCUGGAAACACGGAUCUGAGCCCUAUUUAAUUUCAAACUUUUGUGUCUUUUUUGUUAAUUUCAGUUGAAGAUGUUUUACAGUGGAAGCGGAUUGGGUUAAUUAUACUAAUUUUGAUGAAAUAUUAGAUUUCUUCUUGAAUAAAUGAAUGCAUGAAACAAAACUGGUUUUUUUAUUUACAGAAAUCCAAUCUUUCAUUCGUUCCUUCAUUUUUUUAAACUUCUCAUUUCUUGCGAAGUUCUACAAGGGAAUUGGUUUGAUGUUUUGGAUUAUGAGGCUUUAUGUAAAGUUUAAGAGGGGUGAAUUAGUUUCAAGGGUGGUUGCUCCCCCUCUUUCGUGUUCUGUUAAGCCAAUGAUUAUCCCAAAAAAAUGAUUAACGAGAGGCUCAACAACCCUCGAGGAAUGAUUACAAGUAGAUGUACUUUUGAUCCUUAACCUAGGAUCUUUAGGUUGUGUUCUGUUCGCUUGAUCUGAUCAUCUUAAUUUUUAAGGUCUAGUCUAAUCUGAUUUGAUUGUAGUGUAAUUUAAAGUUGUGGCUUCUGGUUUGAGAACUGCAAAUGACCUGGAUUGGAUGUAGAAGGGUGACUUGUUUAAGAACAUUCCUAUUUUCAUCUCCAAUGUUUUUUGUUAUACUCCGUAUUAUCUUUUUCUAAAUUUGUUUGAGAGGUAUAACAUAUUCUCUCAAUAUUGUUGUUUCUGUUGUGGCUUUUUAAUGAAGAGGCAGCUGCCUCCCUCUCAUCUGCACAUGAUAUUUCUGUAUGUCUCUUUCCAAACAGCCCUUCAUAUCUCUCUUGAUCUCAAGAAAGAAACUAGAAAAAGAAAGAACAAAACUAUCAUUCUCUUUGUACUUCUGCAACUGAGAUUAUAGUGUCCAUAAUUGACCAAAGCACCAUCAAUAGUUUCUAGUAGCUAUAUUACUCCGUGCUAUUGUUGUUGCUGCUGCUGCUGUUUUCACCUAUGAAAAGUCUGUGAUGAUAUACUUUUCCAUGUUUCCUUUUUUUGGGCUACGAAAAUUGAGGUAUUUGUUUGACCCGAUCCGUAUCUUGGUGGGGCCAACCUGAAAUGGACUAGGUUGUUGCAGCCAUGGCGGUUUCGGCUCACCACUUCCCUCUGUAGACGAUUUCUCUGUAAAUCUCUUUCCAAACAGCCCUUUUUAUCUUUCUUCAUUGCACAAAGCAACUAACUAGAAUGCCACAAGAGUAGGAUCCUGGAGGGUGUGUGUAUGCGGACCUUACCCAAUACCCGUACUCAGAAGUAGAGAUGUUUCCAAAUCACAACAAACUAAAGAAACACAAAGUUAUUAU